GCGCUCCGCGCGGGGCGGUCCCGGCAGGCGGGCGAGCCGAGCGCCGAGAUGAGCCUGGCCGAGGGCCGCGCCCCGCGGAGAACGGCGGGGAAUCGCCUCUCGGGGCUGCUGCAGGCCGAGGAGGAGGACGAGUUCUACCAGACCACCUACGGCGGCUUCAACGAGGAGUCGGGCGAUGACGAGUACCGCGGCGAGCACUCGGACAGCGAUGACGAGGUGGACUCGGACUUCGACAUCGACGAGGGCGACGAGCCGGGCUCGGAGCAGGACGAGGCCGAGCCCCGGCGGCGCCGCCGCGUGCUCACCAAGGCCUACCGGGAGCCGCUCAAGAGCCUGCGGGCCAAGAAGGCGGAGGGGCCGCGGGGGGGCUCCCAGAAAGGCCGGGAGGUGAAAUGCCUGCCCCUGGAGCUGCAGGAGGACGGGGGAGACAGCCGGAAGCACAUGCGCCAGUCCACCACGGAGCACACCCGGCAGACGUUCCUGCGGCUCCAGGAGCGCCAGGUGCAGUCCAAGAGGAAGAAGGGAGGGACCAGCUACGAGCGGCCCCUGACCCAGGAGGAGCUGCUGGAGGAGGCCAAGAUCACUGAGGAGAUCAACCUGCGCUCCCUGGAGAACUACGAGCGGCUGGAGGCGGACAAGAAGAAGCAGGUGCAGAAGAAGAGGAAGAUCGUGGGCCCGGUGAUCCGGUACUGGUCCCUGACCAUGCCCCUCCUGCCCGAGCCCGGCCGCGAUGACCCCGUGGACGUGGAGGGGCUGGGCCCCGAGGCGCGGCCGCCGUCGCCGGGGAAGUGCUCGCGCACCUUCAUCUCCUUCAGCGACGACGCCACCUUCGAGCGCUGCUUCCCGCGGGCCAAGGCGCCGCGGCUGCCGGUGCGGGAGCUGUGCCCCGUCACGCACAAACCGGCGCUCUACCGCGACCCCAUCACCGACAUCCCCUACUCCAACGCCCGCGCCUUCCGCAUCAUCCGCGAGGCCUACCGCAAGUACGUCACGGCCCACGGGCUGCCCAGCGCCGCCGCCGCCGCUGCCGCCGCCGCCGGGGACAGCCCCGGGGCACGGCCCGGCCGGCAGAAAAUCGUCAUCAAGCAGAGCGUCCCCAGCGCCUGAGACACGGGAGCUGGGAGCUGGGAUUUGGGGUGUGGGAGCGUCCUUUCCGAAAGAGCGGAAAAUCGUCAUCGAGCAGAGCGUUCUCAGAGCCUGGGAGCUGGGAUCUGGGAUUUGGGGUGUUGGGGUGUGGGAGUGUCCUUUCCAAAAGAGCGGAAAAUCGUCAUCGAGCAGAGCAUCUCCAUUGCCUGAGACACGGGAGCUGGGAGCUGGGAUUUGGGGUGUGGGAGCGUCCUUUCCAAAACAGCAGAAAAUCGUCAUCGAGCAGAGCGUUCUCAGAGCCUGGGACAUGGGAGUUGGGAUCUGGGAUUUGGGGUGUUGUGGUGUGAGAAUGUCCUUUCCAAAAGAGCGGAAAAUCGUCAUCGAGCAGAGCGUUCUCAGAGCCUGGGACAUGGGAGUUGGGAUCUGGGAUUUGGGGUCUUGGGGCAUUGGGAUAUGGGAGCCUCCAGACUCUGCAUCCUCCCCAAAAGAGCAGAAGAUCGUCAUGAAACGGAGCAUCCCCAGUGCCUGACACCUGGGAUUUGGGAGCUGGGAUUUGGGGUGUGGGGUGUUGGGGUGUGGGAAUGUCCUUCCAAAAGAGCAGAAAAUCAUCGUCAAGCAGAGCGUCCCCAGUGCCCGAGAUCCCAGAUCUGGGAUUUGGGAUUUGGGGUGUCGGGUUAUUGGGAUGGACAGCGGUGACGGUUUUGUUGAGGGGCUCCUCCCAAAGCGUUGGCAGUGCCUGAAAUCCCGGGAUUUGGGGAUGCUGGGGUGUUGGGAUUUGGCAUUUAGGGAUAAGGGGUCACCCAUGUGAGGGAUGUUUUUUUGGGGUCACUGUUCGCCAGGGGUGUGGAGGAGAGAAUAAAGUUGAACUGGGGGUUGGUUUGUGUAGGGUGGUGGGAGCCCCCUUUUCGAGGAGGUCCUACAAUAAAUAAAGAGGUUUGCAGAACCCUUUUCCAGAAAUCCUACCCAAAAAAUGGGGUGGGAGCCCUUUUUCCAAGAAAUCCUACAAUAAACAAGGUUCAUGAA